AGACCACCAUGAACCGCUUUUUAGUGAUCGUAGCCGUUUUUGCUGUGUCCGUCUCAUGUGCGGAUAAACAGAAACGCCACGAUCUAUUGAUGGUAGCUUCACACCAUGGCGACAGCCUUGCUCUUCCAUCCGCCGAUCCCUGGAACACUAAACCAUCUUCCUCCGGACACGACUCUGCACCAGGUUUGACCAGCAUAGCCCAAGUGUCCGCCAUCCAAGCCAAAUCCGCGGCCCAGAAUCAGCAGAUCGCAGCCAGUCAGGCAGCCUUUGGCGCUCAGAACAAUCUCGCACAAGCCGCCUUAGGGGCCGCCCAAACUGCUCAAGCUGCAUUCGUCGGCAAACAAGCUCUUGUUGAAAACCUGAAACAUCAACUACAAGAAGCCCAACAUCAACUUCAAUCUGAAGUCUCUCUGUACCAACAAAGCUACCACAGCGCUUUGGCAGCCCAACAAACAGCCAAUCAAGCCCACGAACAACUCAAUUCCCUUAUCAUCUCCUUGAGAAUCGCCGAGAACUCCUUUGAACAAGCGAAAAAAUCAUCUCAACAAGCCCAAGCUAACGCAGCCGCCCAAAACUCUAUGGUUUACCAGGCCAAACUUAAAGUAGAGGCGAUCGUACAAAAGUUACAGGCUGCCCUGGCAGAUUUGGAGGAAACCCACAAAGCCGCCCAAAAAGCAUCGAGUGCAGCUAGUAUUGCUCAAGCUAAUGCUGAUGCCGCUGCAGCUGCCAUAACCAGUUUGGGAGCACACGGCGGUGAUGAGCACCACAGUGGAGAAUAUCACUAAAUGGACGGUCUCUGAACAAAACAACGCAUCUACCUUCAAUUUCAUUUUGUAUAAAGUUUUUGUUAUGUUUGUUAUUGGUUGGUUAUUUUGUGGAUAUUAAAGGUUUUAUGGAA